GUGGUUUAACUGAUGGUGGCCGUAUUGGUUUUGGUGAUAGUAGCGGUGUUGUACAUGGCGGUAUUAUAAGUUCCAUAGCCACACCAAAUGUGCCAUGUUCUCCGGGACAAUUUCGUUGCAAUGAUGGUAAAUGCAUUACCUCAUUAUGGGUGUGUAAUUAUCAAAAAGAUUGCGAGGGUGGUGAAGAUGAACAGCAAUCGUGUCCACCCCCUGAAUGUGAGCCGGGUCAAAUAAAUUGCGGCCAAUAUGUAUUUAAUAAAACUUAUUGUAUACCACCGCAUUUUCGUUGUGAUAUGACAGAAGAUUGUGAAGACAAAUCGGAUGAGGCACAGUGCACAUAUAGAAAAUGUCAAACAACCGAUGUAUUUUGCAAUCAACCUGGUGGUCUAGCACCCUCUGAUGGCAGCCGUCUGUCCGGUCCCUGUGUACCCAAAGAGAAACGUUGUGAUGGCUAUUUAGAUUGUCGCAAUGGUCGUGAUGAGGAGAAUUGUAAGGGUACUGCCUGUCGUUUGGAUCAAUUUCGUUGUGCCAAUGGUUUAAAGUGUAUUAGUGCUUCACUCAAGUGCAAUCACAAAGAUGACUGUGGUGAUAAUUCUGAUGAACAAGGAUGCAAUUUUCCACCUUGUCAUCAUGGUCAAUUCCGUUGUACGAACGCAUUGUGUAUACCCUCGAAUUUCUAUUGUGAUGGUUAUCAUGACUGUGCUGAUGAGAGUGAUGAAGCCAAUUGUACGGCAAUAGCAUGUCCUGAUAAUAAGUUCCUUUGUCCACGCGGUGGUGCUAAUGGGACACCGAAAUGCAUAUUGAAAACACAAUUAUGUGAUGGCAAACGAGAUUGUGAAGAUGGUAGUGAUGAGGAAACAGCUUGUUCCACUACUUCCUGCCCGGCCUUAAGCUGUGAAUAUAAAUGUGGUCCCUCAUUAACGGGUGGUAUCUGUUAUUGUCGUCCUGGCCAAUCUUUGGCUCCCAACAAUCGCACUUGUGUAGAUUUAGAUGAAUGUGCCGAAUGGGGCCAUUGUGAUCAAUUGUGUACGAAUACCGAAGGCUCCUAUUCCUGUUCCUGUAGUCACGGUUAUACAUUAAUCAACAAUGCUAAGUGUAUAGCACCGGAUGCUAAUAAUUUACAAUUGAUAUUUGCCCAUGAUCGUGCAGUGGUUAAGAUGUCGGCCCAUGGUGGUGAUCCUCGUGUGAUAGCUAAUGCUAGUGCUGCCUCAGGUGUGGCCUAUCAUUAUCAAAGGAAUACCCUGUACUGGUCAGAUAUUAAGACACGUAAAGUUCAAUCUCUGCCUUUGGAUGUCUUUAGCAGUGCUAUACAACCAUUAGAUCUUACCUUACCCGGCACCUGGGCCCCCGUUGCUUUGGCUGUAGAUUGGGUAGGUGAUAAGAUAUAUGUGGCCGAUUUGGUGGGACAAAAGAUUGACGUAUUCGAAUUGAGUGGCAAUUGGCAUGCUGUGGUUUUGGGUUCCAAUUUGACCAGUCCUGCUGAUUUGGCUUUAGAUCCCACCGCUGGUUUAAUGUUUGUGGCCGAUGGUGGCCAAGUUUUAAAGGCUCAUAUGGAUGGUACCCAUACCAGAUCCAUAGUGUCGGAAGCUGCCUACAAAGCUUCAGGUGUUACAGUAGAUAUUAUUAGCAAACGUGUUUUCUGGUGCGAUUCUCUCCUGGACUACAUCGAAACCGUGGAUUAUGAAGGCAAUAGACGUGUUAUGGUUUUAAGAGGACAGCAGGUUCCUUCACCCUCCCGCCUGGCCUUAUUUGAAAAUAGAAUCUUCUGGACUGACGCCACCAAACAGGGAAUUAUGUCGGUGGAUAAAUAUGCCGGACCCACCUCUAUACAAGUCACCUACAAAGCCAAAGAUAUUAGAGAACCUAAGGGCAUAGUGGCUGUACAUGCCUUAAGUCAACCUAAAGCCUCCAAUCCCUGUGGACCCAACAAUGGUGGCUGCAACCACAUGUGCAUUGUAACAGCUGUUAAAGGGGCCAAUCAUUUGGGAUAUCGUUGUGCCUGCCACACUGGUUAUCAAUUACAAUCGGAUUUGAAAAAUUGUAAAAUCGUAAGAGAAUUCCUUAUGUACUCGCAACAAAGAUUUAUUAAAGGCAAGGUAUUGGAACCUGUUAUCGAAGGCUUUAGUGAUGCCAUCUUACCUGUUGUUUCAAGAAGAGCUCGUUUUGUGGGCUUAGAUUUUGAUGCCAGAGAUGAGUUUAUCUAUUAUUCAGAUGUUUUACAAGAUGUUAUCUAUCGUGUACAUCGCAAUGGCACUGGACGUGAAAUUGUCUUGGCCUCACAAAAUGAAGGUGUUGAAGGUUUAGCUGUUGAUUGGGUCUCCAAAAAUCUUUACUAUAUUGAUUCGCGCAAGGGUACUCUUAACGUCCUAUCCACCCGCAAUGUCACCUAUCGCCGCACUUUGUUGAAAAACCUUAAAAGACCCAGAGCAAUAGUAGUGCAUCCCAACAGAGGUUAUAUAUUCUUCUCGGAAUGGGAUCGCCCUGCCAAUAUAACUAGAGCCAACACCGAUGGCACCAAUCUAUUGGUAUUUAAGAAUGUUACACUCGGCUGGCCUAAUGGUUUGUCAAUUGAUUUCAAAGAAGAUCGUGUCUAUUGGUGUGAUGCUCUUCUCGAUCAUGUCCAACAUGCCAAAUUGGAUGGUAGUGACAUUAAGACGGUGAACUCUAGACUCGUGCGUCAUCCCUUCUCUAUAGUCAUACACAAUGAUUGGAUGUAUAUAACAGACUGGCGUUUAGAUGCCAUUAUACGUCUUCACAAACUAACGGGAGAACAGGAAGAAAUGAUGGUUAGAGAACCUCAAACAAAUCGUUUAUAUGGUGUUAAAGUCUACAGUCAUGAUGUGCAAAAGGUAGAAGAUGCACAACCCUGUCACAGAGAUAAUGGUAAUUGUGAAAAGAUUUGUUUUGCGGUGCCCAACAAUGAUACUGGUACUCUGGAAGCGAAAUGCUCAUGUCCUUAUGGUGAACGUUUAGCCGAUGAUCAAACUUCUUGUGUUAUCGAUCAAAGUGCCGAACCACCCGUACAACCAUGUCCUAACUCCUGGGAUUUCACGUGCAACAAUCAGAGAUGUAUACCUAAGUCGUGGGUUUGUGAUGGUGACGACGAUUGUUUGGAUAAUAGUGAUGAAGAGCAAAAUUGUACAAAACCUACUUGUGGCUCUAAUGAAUUCCAAUGUAAAUCUGGUCGUUGUAUUCCUCUCAAUUUCCGUUGUGAUCAGGAAAAUGAUUGCGGUGAUAAUUCUGAUGAAUUUGAAUGCGGCAAUGUUACUUGUGGUACUGCUCAGUUUGCCUGUGCUAAUGGCCGUUGCAUACCCAAUAUGUGGAAGUGUGAUAGUGAAAAUGAUUGCGGUGAUGGCUCUGAUGAGGGUGAUUUUUGCGCUGAAAAAACUUGUGCCUACUUCCAAUUCACAUGUCCACGCACUGGUCAUUGCAUACCUCAAAGUUGGGUGUGUGAUGGUGAUGAUGAUUGUUUCGAUAAACAAGAUGAGAAAGAUUGUCCUCCCAUUACUUGUCUGGCGAAUCAAUUCAAAUGUGCGGAUCUCCGUCAGUGCGUAGAGGAAUCGUAUAAAUGUGAUGGUAUACCCGAUUGUAAUGAUGGUUCCGAUGAAUUAGGUUGUCCUUCUAUGGGUCCAAAUCAAUGUAAUUUAGAGAAACACUUUAGAUGCAAGUCCACUGGUUUCUGUAUACCCAUUGCCUGGCAUUGUGAUGGUUCUAAUGAUUGUUCAGAUCACUCGGACGAGGAAGAUUGCGGUCAAAUCACUUGUGCCCCCAAUUUCUUCAAAUGUAACAAUACCAACUGUGUUUUCAAGGCGUAUAUCUGUGAUGGUAAAGAUGAUUGUGGUGAUGGUUCCGAUGAAAGUUCCCAACAUGCUUGUGUUCCUCCUCCCUUCAAAUGUCCUCAUGGUCAAUGGCAAUGUCCAGGAGUAAGUGAACGUUGUGUCAAUAUGACCUCAGUAUGUGAUGGUACUCCUGAUUGCCCCAAUGGUGCAGAUGAGGGUGAAGGUUGCGAUUUGGCCGAGUGUGAACAUCAAACUGGCUUAUGUUCGAAUGGCUGUCAGAAGACUCCAUUGGGUGCUACUUGUGUUUGUCCCCCUGGAUCCGAAAUUGGUGAUGAUAAAUAUACUUGUGUGGAUACUAACGAAUGUGAUCCUCCCGGUUUGUGCUCUCAAAUGUGUACCAACACAAAAGGCUCUUACUUCUGUUCCUGCACGGAUGGUUACCUCUUAGACGCAGACAAACAUAGAUGCAAAGCUGUUAAUCAUUCGGCAGCCUUCCUGAUUAUAUCCAACCGUCAUUCUAUUCUGGUAGCUGAUUUGAAAGAUCAAGGUUUGGAGAGAGUGCCCAUUUAUGUGGAAAAUGUAGUUGCCACUGCCUCGAAUAUGCACACUGGUACCAUUUUCUGGAGUGACAUGAAGUUGAAAAAGAUAUCUCGGUUAGAUCGUGGUUCUGAUCCUCAAGAAAUUAUAACUACUGGUUUAGAUUUGGUUGAAGGAUUGGCCUACGAUUGGAUAGCUAAGAAUUUAUAUUGGUUGGACAGUAAGCUCAAUACCAUAGAGGUGUCAUCCGAGAAUGGUUCAAAUCGUUUGGUUUUGGUGAGAGAAAACAUUACUCAACCCAGAGGCAUGUGUAUAGAUCCUAGUCCAGAUGCCAGAUUUAUUUUCUGGACUGAUUGGGGUGAAAAUCCACGCAUUGAACGUAUUGGCAUGGACGGUACUAUGCGCGAUACUAUUAUAAAUACCAAAAUCUAUUGGCCUAAUGGUUUAACUUUGGAUACUGCUACAAAGAGAGUUUACUUUGCCGAUUCGAAAUUGGAUUUCAUUGAUUUCUGUUAUUACAAUGGUACCGGUAGACAGCAGGUUUUGGCUGGUAGUCAUUAUCUAUUGCAUCCUCAUUCCUUAUCGCUCUUCGAAGAUACUUUAUAUUGGACCGACAGACAAUUGAAUCGUGUAUUGUCCGCCAAUAAAUUCCGAGGUCACAAUCAAACCGUAGUUUCUCAUCUUAUAAGUCAACCUUUAUCUAUACAUGUUCACCAUCCCUCAUUGCAACCUUUACAUCCUAAUCCAUGUGAGAACUCCGAUUGCCAACAUUUGUGCUUGCUUAGUCCAAGUGCCAGUAAAGGAUAUUCCUGCAAAUGUAAACCGGGAUAUCGUUUGUUAAGUGAAGGACGUUGUGUAGAAGAAGAAAAUCCCUUCCUAAUGGUGGUUAAGGGUACACAAAUUGUUGAUAUUCCUUUGAAUGGUGGUGAUGCUCGUGCCGGUAAUUUGGCUCCUGUAAUUGGAAUAGAAAGUAGUACUGGUUUAGAUUUCGAUCGUAAGGGAGAAACACUCUACUGGGUUCAAGGUCGCGAAGAUGAUGAUGAAAACUGCACCAUCUUUACCACACCCUAUGGAGGUGGUAAUAAGACACAGUUCCUAGGUUCAGAUACCGGUAUAGUAGGAGCUCCUUAUACCAUAGCCUUCGAUUGGUUAGGACGUAAUCUCUAUAUGGGCAAUCGUGUGGCCAGCAACAUUGAAGCUGUUCGUGUAGAUGGCAAGAUCAAGUAUCGCACCAUAAUUCUGGCUAAUGAUGGCAAUAAAACAUCAGUCUCUAAACCCAAACAGAUUGUAUUGGAUCCCAAUCAUGGCAAAUUAUUCUGGAUUGAUGAAGGAGGCUUUGGAGUACCUACCAAGAUAGGUCGAGUGAAUAUGAAUGGCAAUAAUCCUAUAGUGUUGAAAGAAGAUAUUGAAAAACCUGAAAGUAUUGCAUUGGAUAUAGACAAGAGUUUAGUGUAUUAUUCCACUCAGUAUCCAGCCACUAUUUGUGUAAUGGAUUAUCAUGGUGAAGAUCAUAGAGUAUUGCUUACGGAAGAAAAUGCUAUCUCGAAACCUAGAAGUUUAGGAAUCUUAGAUUCUCGAUUGUACUAUUUGGAUCCUACUUAUGAAAAUAUCGUGAGAGUAGACUUGCCAAGAGGUGAUAAUCCUAAGACAAUAGUCGACAAUGAACCGGAACUCAAGAGUAUGAUGAUAUACAAGAAGAGACCCAUGAUGCAACAUCCUUGCCAGACCAACAAUGGCAACUGCGAACACUUGUGUAUACCAGAUGAUAGUGCUUCGCGCACUUGUGCCUGUGGUAUGGGUUAUCGCAAGGAAAAUGAUGUCACUUGUGUUGCUUAUAAGACUUUCGCUGUGGUAUCCCAAUUGGAUGUCACCCGAGGCUAUUCUCUUUCUGAUAGUUCUGAAGCAAUGGUUCCGAUUACCGGUGUGGGUCAUCAUAUUCUUCAUGUUGAUGUACUCUUCCGUGAACAAUGGAUUUACUGGGCUGAAUAUAAUAGAGGCGAAUGGAGUGGUAUUUUCCGUACCAGACCUAAUGGUACAGAAUUGGAGCAUAUCAUUAAGUUGGGUAUUGGUAGCAAUGGCAUUAGAGGUUUAACCAUCGAUUGGGUAGCUGGUAAUAUGUACUUUACAAAUGUAUAUCCUCAUGAAAAUUAUGUGGAAGUGUGCUGGUUAGAUGGCAGUCACCGCAAGGUGUUGGUUAAAACAACAAAUGAUGCUCCCCGUGAAUUGGCAGUUAAUCCCAUUAAACGUCUUCUAUACUGGAUUGAUUACGGACAAUAUCCUCGCAUAGGCAAGGCCUUCUUAGAUGGAAGCAACUGGACCCCAGUGGUGACUUCGGGCAUUUCAAAUCCUAGGGAUUUGACUGUAGAUAUGUUAACACAUGACGUUUACUGGGUAGAUUCAAAAUUGGAUACCAUACAGAAAAUUUCCUACUCUGGUGGCAAUCGUCAAAUUAUCAGACGCAUGUUGCCCAAUCCAAUGGGUAUUGCCAUACAUCUGGGAGAUGUUUACUGGGUGGAUCGUAAUUUGAUGACAGUAUUCAAAGCCUCUAAAUUACCUGGCAACAACUCUUUACCCACUAAAGUCAGAACCAACCUAUCCAAAUUGAGAGACAUUGCUAUUUACAGUAUCAACAACCAGCCACAAGAUGAAAGCAACCCUUGUACACGCCUAGGCAAUGGUGGUUGUGAUCAAUUGUGCUUCAGCUUCCCACCAGAUGCCUCAAAUCCUACACGUCUCAAUUACAAAUGUGACUGUGCCACCGGUAAACUUGCUAAUGAUGAUCGUAAAUGUGAAACUGUCAACGAAUAUUUGGUAUUUGCUACUCGUACUGAAAUAAGAGCUGUUAACUUGGAUCCCAGAUCGACCCAAAUACCCUUCCCACCUAUGACAAAUCUGACAAAUGUGGUAGGCUUAGAUUUUGAUUACAACGACAAUCAUAUGUUCUAUACACAAAUCCGUCCAUGGGCUAAAAUCGCCUACACCAAGGCCGAUAGCCCCAGCCUCACUGAUGCCCAAGUUGUUUUAAGUAAGGGUAUUAAUCCAGAAGGUAUAGCUUAUGAUUGGACUCAAAAUAAGGUUUACUGGACCGACAGUUCAAAUAAUUCCAUCUAUGCCAUGAACUUAGAUGGUACCGAUUUGGUAAUGAUUGCGAGAGUGGAAAGGCCUAGAGCUAUUGUGUUAGACCCCUGUAAUGGUACCUUGUUCUUCACCGAUUGGGGUAGAUUUGGUACUUCCGGCAAGAUUUUCAAAACCACCAUGGCUGGUUCCCUUAAACGGGCCAUUGUGGAUAAAGAUCUCUCCCAACCCUCCGGCUUGGCUAUAGAUUAUGAUGAACGCAAACUUUAUUGGACUGAUGCUGUAAGAGAAAAGAUCGAAAGAGCCGAUUUAGAUGGUAAAAAUAGAGAAUUGUUAGUGGCUGCUACUAUAUAUCCCUUCUCCAUAACCGUUUUCCGUAAUUAUAUAUACUGGACUGAUUUGCAAUUGAGAGGUGUCUAUCGUGCUGAGAAACACACUGGUGCUAAUAUGGUGGAGAUGGUUAAACGUUUAGAAGAUUCCCCUAGAGAUAUACGAGUCUACAGCUCAGAGAGACAAAAAUGUAGUGUCAAUCCUUGUCUUAUCAAUAAUGGUGGUUGUGCUCAAUCCUGUCAUCCUGCACCCAACGGCAAAGCAGAAUGUAAAUGUGAUGACAACUCCAAGGUGGUUAAUGAGGGACGUAUGUGUGCUCCUCGCAAUAAUACUUGUGAAGCCAGCAAAUUCUAUUGUCAAAAUGGCAAAUGUAUUUCACGCAUGUGGUCUUGUGAUGGUGAUGAUGAUUGUGGUGAUAAUUCCGAUGAAGAUCCUGCCUAUUGCGCCUACCAUUCCUGUUCUCCUAAUGAAUUCCGCUGUAACAAUGGUCGCUGCAUAUUCAAGAGCUGGAAGUGUGAUCAUGAAAACGAUUGCAAAGAUGGUUCCGACGAAAUUGACUGUACUUAUCCUCCCUGUGUUGAUGGUGAAUUUACUUGUGCUAAUGGCCGUUGUAUACCUCAAUCUCAGGUCUGUAAUGGUGUUAAUGAUUGUAAGGAUAAUGCCACUUCAGAUGAAACACAUGAGAGAUGUCCUACUAACACUACCUGUCCGGCUAAUCAUUUGAAAUGCGAGAAGACCAACAUUUGCGUAGAACCCUAUUGGCUAUGUGAUGGUGACAAUGAUUGUGGUGAUAACUCCGAUGAAGAUCCUCUACACUGUGGCCAAAGAACUUGUCCUACCAAUAGCUUCCGUUGUCCCAACCACAGAUGUAUUCCGGCCACCUGGUAUUGUGAUGGUGACGAUGAUUGUGGUGAUGGUGCUGAUGAACCUCCAGAGUAUUGUAAAUCUGAAGGAAGAACUUGUUUCGGCGAUCUCUUCACCUGUGACAAUGGCAACUGCAUACCACGAAUCUAUAUUUGUGAUGGUGAUAAUGAUUGUUUGGACAAUUCUGAUGAAGAUGGCAGACAUCAGUGCAAUGACCGUAAAUGUGAUGAAGAAACUGAGUUUACUUGUAUCGAAAACAAGUCCUGGGGUCGAGCUCAAUGUAUACCCAAGAAAUGGAUAUGUGAUGGUGAUCCAGAUUGUGUAGAUGGUGCUGAUGAAAAUGUUACUUUACACAAUUGUGCAACGCAGCAACCCUGUGCUGAUGAUAUGUUCACCUGUGGCAAUGGAAGAUGUAUUAAUAAGGGCUGGGUUUGUGAUCAUGACAAUGAUUGUGGUGAUGGUACUGAUGAGGGUAAAUUCUGUAAUUCCAAAUAUAAGACCUGUUCGCCUCAAGAGUUUACUUGUCAAAAUUUCAAAUGUAUUCGCAAUCAAUAUCGUUGUGACGGUGAAGACGAUUGUGGAGAUCAUUCCGACGAGGUGGAUUGUAAAAAGGAUAACGUGACCUGUGCUACAGGACAAUUCGCCUGCAGUAAUGGUCAAUGUAUUAAUUCGACAUUGGUUUGUAACAAGGUACCCGAUUGUACCGAUGAGUCAGAUGAACCAGCUCAUUGUUUCGUAGACGAGUGUGCCAAGGUGGAAAUUAACCAGUGUGGUCAUAAAUGUGUGGAUACACCUACAAGUUACUAUUGUGACUGUAAUAAGGGUUAUAAACUUUUAGCCGAUGGCAAAGCUUGUGCUGACAUUGAUGAAUGUAUUGAAUUGCCUGGAGCUUGCUCACAACACUGUUCGAACACACCCGGAAGCUUCUAUUGUAAAUGCGAUGAACGCUACUAUGAACGCCAGUUAGAUGAACACACUUGCAAACGCAAAGACAAUACCCCAGCCUGGUUAAUAUUUACCAACAAAUACUAUGUACGCAAUAUGUCAGCCGAUGGUCACCAGUUGAAUCUUAUGCAUCAAGAUCUUAUGAAUGUUGUUGCCUUGGACUUUGACAUCAAGGAUGAAUAUAUGUACUUCUGUGAUGUUACCGCCAAAACUAUUUUCAGAUCCAAAUACACAGAUCCUAGUGAGAAACCGGCAAGAGAAGCUGUUAUACGUCAUGACUCGCAUGGUUUGGAAGGUAUUGCUAUUGAUUGGGUGGGUCGUAAACUUUACUGGUUAGAUAGACACUCGAAAAAUCUGGAUGUUUCUGAACUCGAUGGUACUAAACGUAAAACUUUAAGAAGUGGUGUCGUAGAUCCCAGAGCAAUCGUUGUACAUCCGGGCAUUGGUUAUUUGUACUUCACUUCUUGGCAUUUGCAAGCCUACAUAGCCAAGAUGGGCAUGGAUGGCUCGAAUUUCACACGUAUUUUAACAUGGGAAGAUGAUAUUGCUUGGCCUAAUGCUUUAGCAGUGGACUACUUUACCGAUCGCAUUUACUGGGCUGAUGCUCAUUUGGAUUACAUAGCUUAUGCCGAUUUAGAGGGUAGACAUCGUCAUAUUGUCUUGUCGGGUGCUAAAGUGCCUCAUGUAUUUGCAAUUUCCUUGUUUGAUGACUACUUGUAUUGGAGUGAUUGGAAUUUGAAGGCCAUAGCUCGAGCUAAUAAAUUUACUGGUGCUAACUUUACCGUCCUACGUAAUACAACCCACCGUCCUUAUGAUAUACAUAUUAAUCAUCCUUUAAGACAAAUACCCUAUAAUAAUCCUUGUGGUACCAACAAUGGUGGUUGCUCCCACCUCUGCCUUAUCUCUCCACCUCCAGAGUCUACUUAUCUUAAUAUUGAGGGUUACAUUGAAGAAGGAGCUCCCGGCUAUAAGUGUGCUUGUCCAAAUCAAUUCUACUUGGCUCGUGACAGUAAGACCUGUAUUGCAAAUUGUACCACAGGACAACAUCGCUGUGGAGGAGAUGAUGAAAAAUGUAUACCUUGGUUCUGGAAAUGUGAUGGUGAAAAGGAUUGUAAAGAUGGAUCUGAUGAACCGGCUACAUGUCCUCAACGUCACUGCAGAGCAGGAACAUUCCAAUGUAAAAACACCAAUUGUACACCUUCAGCGACAAUUUGUGAUGGCAUCGAUGAUUGCGGUGAUGGGUCGGAUGAACAAAAUUGUGAUUUACCUUGUCCCGACUCCGAUUUCAAAUGUAAAUCAAGUGGUAGAUGUAUAUUGGAUAGUUGGCGCUGUGAUGGUGAUGCCGAUUGUAAAGAUGGAAGUGAUGAAGAUCCGGCUGUGUGUCAUAAACGUACUUGUGAUCCUGAUACUGAGUUCAGUUGUAAGAAUGGUCGCUGUAUACCUAAACUGUGGAUGUGUGAUUUCGAUAAUGAUUGUGGUGAUGAUUCAGAUGAACCAGCUUACAUGUGCCGUCAACGUAACUGUACCACUGGCUGGCAAAGAUGUCCCGGUCAAUCCAAUUACCGUUGCAUUCCAAAAUGGUUGUUCUGUGAUGGUAAGGACGAUUGCCGUGAUAACAGUGAUGAACAGCCUGAAAAUUGUCCUUCCUGUAAUUUGGACACCGAUUUCAAAUGUGGCAACAACAGAUGUAUACCUAAACAAUGGAUGUGCGACUUUGCUGAUGAUUGCGGUGAUGGUUCGGAUGAAAAUGAAGCCAUUUGCAAGGGCAAGUAUCGUGACUGUUCUGAAUCGGAAUUCCGUUGCGGUAAUGGCAAAUGUAUAUCAUCACGUUGGCAGUGCGAUCAUGAGGAUGAUUGUGGUGACAAUUCUGAUGAGUUGAACUGUGAAGGAUUCAAGUGUAAAAACGGUACCUUCCAAUGUACUUCCGGUCAUUGCAUUGCCUCCUAUUUCCGUUGUGAUGGUGACCGUGAUUGUCGCGACAUGUCCGAUGAAAUGGAUUGUCCACCACGUUUCCCAGGAGGACGUUAUUGUCCAGAGUCACGUUUCCAAUGUAACAACAAUCUGUGUGUAUCGCCUUCUGAUUUAUGUGAUGGCACCGAUGACUGUGGUGAUGGUUCCGAUGAAGAUCCUAAAGUUUGCACCGACUUCAAUUGUGAUACUUUGCGUCGAUUCCAAUGUGCCAAUCAUCGUUGUGUGGCUCGCUAUCAAAUCUGUGAUGGUGUGGAUAAUUGUGGAGAUGGUUCGGAUGAAAACAAUAUGACCAUUUGCGCUACCAAAGUUAAACCCUGUGAUUUGUACACACAAUACCAAUGCGCCAAUAAGAAUUGUAUUGAAAGAGCUCAAGUAUGUGACUACUCAGAUGAUUGUGGAGAUGCUUCCGAUGAGCUGGGCUGUCAUCAUACUUCAUCCUGCUUGGAAGAGAAUCGUGGAGGUUGUCAACAUCAUUGCCAUAAUUUAACAGAUGGUGGUUACAUUUGCGCUUGUUAUCCGGGUUAUAUAAUAGCUCCAGACAAUAAAAAGAAAUGUAUAGACGUAGAUGAAUGUGCUACUCGCCAACACACCUGCUCGCAUCAGUGCAAUAACCUUAAUGGCACCUAUUCCUGUUCUUGUCGUGAAGGUUUCCGUCUAGUAGAUAGUUCCUCCGGUGUUUGCAAAGCUGAAAAGGAUGAUGUGGUUCUUAUAUUCUCCAACGGUCCGGAAAUACGAGCUUUAGAUUUACAGAAGAGAGAAGAGUUUGAUGUGAUAUUAUCGGAGAAACGUAUAGAGGCUUUGGAUUAUCAUGCCGAACAGCAGAUAGUAUUUUGGGCUGACAGUUAUGACAAGACCAUCAAACGUUCGUACAUGGUUAAUGCAGUAGAUGGUCAGGCUAAGAUUGGUUAUGCUCAAGACUUGAAUAUGAAGGGAGGCUCGAAACCCACAGCAGUGGCAGUUGAUUGGUUAGCCAAUAAUCUCUAUUGGGCUGAAGUAGAUAGAACUGGUUCCAAGCCUCGUGGUAGAGUUAUGGUGGCCACUACAGAUGGUCGUUAUCGCAGAUCUAUAGUAAAUGCUGGUAUUGAAGUACCCACCUCCAUAGCGGUAAAUCCUCAAUUGGGUAGAAUUUAUUGGUCUGAUGCUGGUUCUGCUCCUAAGAUCGAAGUGUCAUGGAUGGAUGGCUCUAAACGUCGUCCCAUAAUUACCGAACAAAUCAGACAUCCUGCUGGCUUAACUAUAGAUUAUUCUCAGGAUCAUGUUAUCUACUGGGUGGAUACUAAACUGAAUACUAUUGAAUCAAUGAGACCAGAUGGUUCGGGACGUAAAACUAUUGUCAAGAGUGAUAAGUUGAGACAUCCUGUUUCUCUGGAUAUAUUCGAAUCGAACAUGUUUUGGGUAACCCGUGACACUGGAGAGUUGAUAAGACAAGAUAAAUUUGGUCGUGGUGUCCAAGUGGUGGUGCAUCGUAAUUUGGUUAAUCCUGCUGGUCUUAAGGUUUACCAUGAAAAGCGUUAUAAUACAUCUUUGAAAGAUCCCUGCUUCGGUUCAAGUUGUUCGCAUUUGUGUCUUUUAGUGCCGGGUGGUCAUCGUUGUGCUUGUCCCGACAGUUCUGGUUCAUUGCCUUCCCAUCGCAGUACCAUUGAGAUCAUUUGUGAUGCUGCCGCUGAGCGGCAAAGACCUUCUCCUAGGAUUUGUCCUUGUCAAAACGGUGGUUUCUGUUUGGAAGACAAUAAUGGUGAACUGAUGUGCGAAUGUUUAGCUGACUUCAAGGGCAAUCAUUGCGAACAAAAUGCUGCCGGCAUGUUUGGUCAUGGUGGUGCCAAUGUCACAGCAGUGGUAGUACCCAUAAUGGUGAUAUUAUUGGUUCUAUUAGCAGCUGCUGGUGUUUGGUUCGUUAUACGCAAGAAACCAUUUGGCAAAUUGGCACGUCUGCCAACUUUAACCUCUUCACAAAGUGUAACCUUCCGCCAGGGAACUAAUGUUGAAUUUAAUGCCCCUGGUUUCCCGGGUCCCAAUGCUCCAGCGGGCACCUCUACUGGUGAUGUAGCGCCGCUGGAAGGCUAUAAUUUACAAACAGUAAAUUCGAGUAAAACAAGAGAUUUCUCUAAUCCCAUGUAUGAUGCUGUACAAUCGGGUACAACCACCGAUCCUAGUAUAAGUAAUGGAUCCGGAAUUUACGAAGUGCCACAUGAUCCCUCCAAAAACAAACCCAUCGGUCCAUUUACGGAACCUGUAUCAGCCAUUUUAGCACCUAGCAGUAUAACGCACAAAUCCUCACCACAAUUACAAUUAAGAACCAGAGAAUUAGAUCCCUCCGCCGAUAAUGGCAAGGACACACAAUACUUGGUUGAAGAAGAUAAGUCUGAGUGCUGAUAUAAACCCUAACAUCAAAUUCUAGCCACGGCAACAACAAUAACAUUAACACCUUGUGGAACAACUACUAUAAAAAGAACAAAUUUAAAUUUAAUUUAACAGGAAACCUAAACAAAACCAAUCGGAGAUGUUGCUUAAAAAGUUAAAAUAAAUUAUAGUAGACACACAGAGAGAGAGAGAGUAAAAAAGAAAAUUAUAAAUUAUUUAUAUAUACAAGAAAAAACAAAAACAUUUUUAUAGAAAUUUAAGUAAAUGAAAACACAUAUCUUUGCUAUAUGACAAAUUCGAAUUAGAACAAAAAAUAAAUCAACAAGGCAACUCUGUAAUAAAUGCCUCCCUGUUUUUGCAAUCUAAGUGAACAACAGGGUUGUAAUUCUAUGUUUUUCUUUUAUAUACAUACAAAGAGCAAGAGAAAAAUUAUUAUAAAAAGACAAUAUUUAAAAAGAGAAAAUCUUAAAAUUUAAAACAAAAACAGAUUUUUUGUAUUUAUAUAAAUAAAUCAAACAAUUUUGUAAAAAAUAUUAUAAAAAAACUAGUAAACAACAUAGAAAGAAACUAAAAACAAAAAAAAAACAAAUGUAAACUAAAAGAGAAUCAAGAAAAAAAUUUAAAUAGUUUUCUAAAUAUUUUAUAUAUUUUUUUAUAAAAAACUAAAAAAAUCAUUAAAUAAAAAAAACAAAAACAAACUAGCAAUAGUUUAAAUAAUUAUUUUCUUCAUUAGUUAAAAUUUCCACAUUAUAAAAAACCUUUUUUUUCGAACAAACAUUUUAAGAAACUUAUUUUUAUUCAAAAUUUAUUAUUUUUUAACAAAAGUAUAUAUUUAUACAUAUAUUUAAUAAUAUUUUUAAUGUGUAAUAUGUUAUUUUAUUAUUAAUCAAAUGUUUUUUUAGAAUUGUUUUUUUUAACCAAAAAAAACAUAAAGCAGAGAAAGUUAUAAAUCCGCUAAAAAAAGAAAAGUUAUAAAUUAUUUUUAACUAUAAAAAAAACAAAAAAUUUUUGUAUGUGUCUUAUUAAGUUUUUAAACUUUUUAUUAAGUUUGUAAUCUUUAAACAUUCCUUUUUUUAAUAAAUAGUAUUUCUUUGUUUAUAACUAUUUUAUUUAAAAUAUUAAUUAUUAACUAAUGUUUUUAUCACAAAUCAAAUGCAUCACCACUGUUUUUUAGCAUAUCGAAAUGAACAGAAACUUCUCAAGAAUUUCUUAAUUCUAUUUACAAUUUCAUUAAUUUGUUUCCCUAAUUGUUUUAAAAUUAUUAUAUUAUUUUUUUCUUCCCAUUAUUUUAAAUUGAAAAACUUUAUUUUGUUGAGAAAAGCUUAGCUUUUUUUCUGACUACAAAAACAAACAAAAAACCUGCAAUAUUAUAAAUGAACAACAUGUCAUCACAAACAAAAAAAAAAA